UAAAAUUUGAAUUGAAAACCAUUUCAUGAGAAAAUAUGCUAAUGUUUCUUUCUAUUUCAGAUACCAACUGUAGAAUUUUCCAAACCGGAAGGCUAGACGUUUUGUUUGCAUCAGUAAAAAGACAUUAUGGCAUGGUCAGUUGAAGAGGAAACUUCGUUACUGCGAUACCAACCGAGAUCUGUAGUAUCUUCUAAAAGACUAAAAUAUCUCUCAUGUAUGUAAAUGAUAAUCGUUUACAACUGGUAGCUAGUCCGUAGUUUUCCACUAUGUAUACUAGCAAUGGAUAGAAACAGAAAUGAUGUCUGAUAGAAGUUUAAAGUAAAAGAAAACCCAGGAUCUUUCUUCAUCCCAGCGAAACGCAUGUAGUACAAUUCAAUGCAAUCAUAUUCAAGAGGAAAUAGAAAUGGAGUACUUUUCAGUAUAUCUUUGGCCUUGAAUGUAAACUUAAACUCAUCAAAAGGUGUUAGAUAAAACUCUCCCUGAGUUACUUAAGUAAAAAACAUUGGAGUAUGUUCCGGUAUUAUCCGAAUGGUUAUGAUUUAUGUGGAUUGCCAAUUAGUAUCAUGGAUAAUAUAACUGGUCAUCGCCCAGACAAUGACAGCGUUACAGCUCAUACUAGUGCCGUAAGAGCAAUCUUUGCAAGUGAUGAGUAUAAAACAGCUGACGCUAUAUAUGUCUACUUCACUCCCAUCAUUAUAGUUGCUGGACUUAUUGGGAACACGCUGUCGUUUCUCGUGAUGACACGACCAAGAAACAGAAGAAACUCAACGUCAGUGUAUAUGUCAGGGUUAGCCGUAAUAGAUAAUCUCCAAAUCUUAGCUCUAGCUUCACAUUGGAUUGUGAAGUGUUUGAUGCCAGAUACACUCACUGAUUCAUUCUGUAAGGUAUUUGCCUACAUGGUUGGUACAUUUGGUGAAUGUUCAAUUUGGAUAGUAGUGGCAAUGACGAUGGACAGAUUCACAGCCGUCUGGUAUCCACUCCGCGCUCAUGCGUGGUGUACCGCAACGAGAGCUAAACGGGUUCUUGCCAUCCUAUGUCCAGUGCUUGCAGUGAGGGCAAUACACGUUUACUUUGUUGGCUAUCUGGCUAUAGACAUCGUCACGGGAACGAAGAUGGACUGCAGCGUGUAUGACCCAACUCAGACUUAUAAUAUAUACGUCUCGCUUAUCUGCCCCUGGGUUGACACCAUCUUGGAAUCAAUUGCCCCAUUUAUCCUACUCAUUAUAUUCAAUGCGCUCAUUAUAAAAGCCGUGCAGAAACACCAAGUCCAACAGAAGGAAUUGGGAUCAUGUAUGAGAACUUCAACGUCGUCUGGUCCGGGACUAGGAAGCUCGUUGUCAAUUAGUUCCACAGGAAUGUUGGCACACAAUCGGGCAGCUAAACGCAUAAGGAAAUUUUUCUCAAAGAAUUCCCAAGAUGGACAACUUACUCGGAUGCUAUUGUCCGUCUCAUUUACAUUACUUCUCUUGACGCUACCUCUUAACAUAAUCAUCAUGGUGAAUGCCUUCAUGAGUCACAUAGAGCUUGAACCCGCCACCUUCUAUCUCAUCUAUUCCAUCGCCAACAGACUAUGGUUCACAAACAAUGCUGUUAACUUCUAUUUGUACAUCUUCGGAGGUCAAAAAUUCCGCAAAGAUCUCAUAAGGCUAUUAACCUGCAAGCCUGUCAUCCAGGACCAUAUCCGUGGACUUUUUCACCGUGAUGUUCACUCGGAUGGAUUUGUCACAGUUCAUAACAGUGAUUUGGAGCGUGAACUUGCUAUGACAAGGAGGAGGUUGCAACUGUCAUGCGGUAGUCAGCAGAACAGUUUUGGAUGCAUUACACCUUCCCCUAUUCAAAGACAUAUCACUGCAUCGAAUGGACACCUACUUUGCAACGCAGAAUCACCCAUUCAUAGUGAUCACUCUGAUGACAUUAUAAACGCGCGUUUUUAGAUGUAUUAGAUGUAUUUUCUUGUAUCUCAAGAAAUGUGUAACACCCUAUAUGUUGAGAUUGUGAUCGGUAUCCAGUAAUAUUCACAGUUUAUAUAUGUGUAGAUCUAUGAUACCUAAUAAAAAGGAAUGUGUGUAAA